AUGGCCCCUCUAGAUAUGAUGAAGAGACUUCUUGUCCUUGCGAGCCUCUUUGCUGCUGUAUCAGCCAAGACCGUCAAGCUUGACUUCUGGAAGAACAAGCCUUCGCAUAAGUCGACGCUUCCCCGGCGUAGCGACCACUUCACGUCACCUGUCACCGGCGACGAUUACCAGGAUUUGUACUUUAUCGAUGUCAACAUUGGCACCCCACCUCAGCCUUUCUCCUUGUUACUCGACACAGGAAGCAGUGACACCUGGGUGCCUUCUACAGACGCUUCCAUUUGCGUGUACGGGCGCUGCGAGCAUGGCGCCUACGUCAAGAACAUGUCCUCGACAUACAGCCUUGUCGAGGAGGGCACAUUCUUCCUCCAGUAUGCCGAUCUCACGUACGCGAAGGGAGACUACUUCACGGACGUGCUCUCGUUCAGCGAGGCUGUCUCCAUCACCAACACCACCAUGACUAACGCCAAUGACACGGACAAUACGCAGGGCGUGAUGGGCCUAGGAUUUCGGAAAAACUUGGCCAGUCUGAGAAAUGGGGAGAUUUUGGACUUCCGGACGGUGCCAGAGCAGUUGAAAGCACAAGGGCAUAUCGACAGAGUGGCAUAUUCACUGUACCUGGACUCCUCCGACGACAACCGCGGCUCCAUCUUGUUCGGUGGCAUCGACCCAACUCGCUACACCGGCGAGCUUGUGGCACUCCCGCUGUCCACCGAUCAAGAUGGCGAAUACUCUGAGUUUCGUGUUGCACUGACCCAGAUGUCAAUCCACGAUGGCAACAGUACUCGGGCAUUGACCCAGCCGUCGUUCAGUAAGCCCGCCCUGCUCGAUUCUGGCACCACACUGUCCAACCUGCCGCAGGAUGUCAUCAACGUAAUCACCGAAGGACUGGGAGCCACCCUUGAUGAAGAUACCGCCACGAGAUACGUGCCUUGCUCAUACCGCCAAAGCAAUGCCUCACUGGUCUACACCUUCGGUGGACUUGACGGCGUCAACGUGUCCGUGUCUUUGUCUGAACUUAUCAGCGAGCAACUUGGUGAUGAGUCUAUGUACAGCGACGGUACGCCCGCAUGUGCGCUCAGAAUUGCCCUUGCUGGUGACGGCGACGUCAUCCUGGGAGAUAGCUUCCUCAGGUCCGCAUACGUGGUCUAUGACCUCGAGAACUUCGUUGUUGCCCUGGCUCAGGCCAAAGUCGACGAUAAGGCGCCUGACGAUGACGCGGCCGUUACUGCCAUCCCCAGUGGCACAGCGCUGCCCGGCGCCACAAGGACGGCGACGGUGACGGCGAGUCCACCGCCAACGGAUCUUGGAACCGCAGCUACACCGACAUUUGAUCUCCCAGGCGUUACGAUUACAUCUACUGCCACGGCCGAGGCCCAGUCGCCAUCAAACGCAGCGGGGGCGAUCAGGAUGUCGAGGGCGGCCGGGGCUGCGAUGGGAUUCGGUGUGGUUGCACUCCAGCUUUGGUGCUAA